AUGGCCAAUAUGAAGUCUCGCAGGACAGAUGGUCAAUGUCAGCACCGUUGGCAAAAGGUGCUCAACCCAGAGCUGGUGAAAGGACCCUGGACAAAAGAGGAGGAUCAGAGGGUGAUUGAGCUGGUUCACAAGUAUGGGCCCAAACGGUGGUCAGUGAUCGCCAAGCACUUACAGGGCCGCAUAGGCAAGCAGUGUCGCGAGCGCUGGCACAAUCACCUCAACCCAGAAGUGAAGAAAUCCUCCUGGACCCAGGAAGAGGAUCGUAUUAUCUAUGAAGCGCAUAAACGUCUGGGCAACCGCUGGGCUGAGAUCUCAAAGCUGCUUCCUGGACGUGUCUCACCCUCUCGGUUCUUCAAUGUGUCUGGUGGUGAGCCCUUGAGCCUCGACAAUCCUGCUCUUACAUCCACUCCAGUGUGUGGACAGAAAUGCCUCCUUAACACACCCCACCAGAGAGAGACCACACCAAAACACCAGAAGGAGAAUGCAGGUUUUAGGACCCCAAAACUCCAUAAGAAUAUUAUAGUCCACACUCCAAGAACACCCACUCCUUUCAAAAACGCCCUGGCCGCCCAGGAGAAGAUGCACGGCCCGUUAAGAAUGGUGCCCCAACCACUGGCACUUCUUGAGGAGGACAUCAGAGAGGUUCUGAAAGAAGAAACCGGGGCUGACAUCUUCACACAAGUGCAGAACCAACCUCAGUUCAGAUCUUAUGAGCAGAUGGAAGCUCCUGCGAGGAAAGUGAGAAAGUCUUUGGUAUUGGACAGCUGGGAAAAAGACUGUUUAAAUGUACAACUGUUUCCCCAACAGCAGAUUAACAGCAAUGGAGCAUCUCAUAGUAACGACCUACUGACCAGAUCAAUGCUCAUGAUGCCAUUGACGGAGAGAGAGGAGAACUGUUGCUCUCCUGGAUCGCAGAAGGAAUCUUUUUCAAUAGUCCACUCGCUUAUCCCACAGGACAAGAGAGAAAACAUGACCCAAAAGAGCCCACCAUACCAAACACCCGCUCCGAAAUCCAUAAUUGACUCUUGUUAA